UCUGUAAAUUUUUUUAUAUCGUCAGUCGUGUGAAGCGUGUCCGUGUGAAAUGAGUAGCAUCGUUGAAGAAGAACUUAUCGAACAAGUUCGAGCAAAUCCGAUUUUAUAUGAUUUAAAAAACAAACAAUACCGAAAUCUUGUGUUGAGAAAAGAAACAUGGGAUAGUAUUGGUGAUAAUUUGGGUAGUACUGGGGAUCAUUGUAAGGAAUCAUGGAACAAACUCCGCAAUGCCUAUACAAAUGCUUUAAAUCGAAGAAAAUCCAAGACCGGUCAAACUGUCAAAAAAAUGCCAAAAUGGGUAUUUGAAGAUCAAAUGGCAUUUUUACCCGUAUCAAUAGGACCUAGACAUGGUCGAAGGAAUUCCAUUGAACUCGAACAAGAUGAAUCUCAAGAACAUACAUCUGACAAUGAUUUAGAUGAUGAUGAUGAAGAUAAUAACCAUCAUCAUCACCGUCAUCUUGAACAAAAACCUCUUGAAAUAAAUACAACUACAGAUGAAACAACCCAUCAUCAACCUUCACCACCUCUUCUACGAACUGUCAACGAAGCUCUGUCAACUGAUCAUUCCGAUAUUGCUGCAACAAAUUUUCAUACUUAUAACAACAAUCAAGAACAUUCAACUCCAAAGCGAGGUUCGAAGACAUCAAAUUCAAUACUUGAAGGCACAAUGAAUGAAUUGGUAACGGUAAUGAAAAAUAAUACUCGAUUAAUUUCGAGACAUUUUAAAAGUCAAAAUCAUCAUCAACAAUCUGUGGUAUCACAAAAUUGUUCACAUGAUGCAGAUGAAAUGUAUUUUUUAAGUUUGGCAAGAUUUGUGAAGAAAUUGAAUCCAGCAGAACGUAUUAGAGUCAAGUCAGAGGUGUCGCAGACUAUUUUUCAAGCUGAAUUUCGUAAUCUUAAAAAUGAUGGAAAACAAUAUCAACAAGCACAGGCACAGCUAUUUCCGUCGUCGAUAUCACAAAAUGUAACAACGGAGCAGUUCUUUUCAGAAACAACAAUAACGAACCUUAAAACGGAGAAAGAUUAAAAUUUUUGUGUAUUUUUGGACACUGUUCUUGCACAGACUCAAGUGUCAUGCCUCUUUUUUUAAACAAUGUCUUUUAACUACUUAUAAUUUAUUUUCUAAAAGAGUCAAGACUUUUGAGUCAUGUGUUAAAGCAGACUUCUAUGUUUUUAAAUUAUCCUUAAAAUUUAAAUAAAAAUAAAUGUAUGUAAGGU